UAGAAUUAGGUGCGCAAUUAUUCAAACUUCACAUUUACGAGGACACCAUUUGAAGGGGUAAAGAAGAAACCGAGCAACUCACUUUACCAGUAAAUGCGAGUUCACGCUUUUCAUUUGCCAUUUAUUAUCAUCAUUAUCAUUACGAUACGAUUAGGAUUGUAUUAUAAUGAUGAUGAUAAUCAUUAAUUAUGAUCUAGGAUUAGGAAGUGCUCAGGUAAUUUUCUAAGAACCGCAAAUAUAUCAUCGUCUUCGCCAUACCCCAUUCGAUCUCCCACUCCCACCCUUCCUCCACACUCAUCGUCUUCCCGAUUCUUUCUGGAUGACCUUUCGAGUUGGGCUUUAGAUAUACCAUUUGUUUUAGUAGCAACUGAGGAGGAUGUCAAGUGGGAGAUACACACACUGGUGCUACCAAUGCAGGCAGCCCAUUAAGCCUAGAGGGUCUAAUGUUCUUUGCCCAUACUGCCAUGGAGGUUUUGUGCAAGAUCUCAAUGAGGUGGUGGGAGGAGAACGGGGUCAUUUUGGUCCAAACAUGGAUGAGGAUUUCGAUCAUCACUACUCUAGAUUCAGGGAACCUUUCCCUGACCCAAGAUUUGGGAUAAUGGAUGCACUUGAAGCAUUUACGAGGCAAAGAGUGACCGGAAGAAACCCCAAUUAUGAUAUUAGGUCAAGAUCUGGCGUUAUGCCAGAGAACAAUAUGGAUUUAAAUUCUGGGCCCGCUGGCCCAUGGAUGAUAUUUCAUGGCCAAUCUCCUGUCCGCAUGGCACAAGAUGAUGCCUUUGAGCACUUUUUCAAUGGAAGGCCAAGAAUGGGGCAUCGCCAGGCUAAUUUUGACAAUUUCUUUAUGGGACCUGGACUGCAACAGCUGAUCGAACAGCUUAGUUUGAACGGCAGGCAGGGCCCUCCACCGGCACCUCGUUCUGCAAUUGAUGCUAUGCCCACCAUCAGGAUAACCCAGAGGCAUCUUAAUACUGAUUCACACUGCCCGGUUUGCCAAGAUGAGUUUGAAUUGGGAUGUGAGGCCAGGCAGAUGCCGUGUAACCACCUAUAUCACUCUGACUGUAUCGUCCCAUGGUUGGUCCAGCACAAUUCUUGCCCGGUGUGCCGCCUUGAGCUACCACCGCAUGUAUCUGGGAGAAGGCGUGCUGACUGGAGUUCAAGAACAAACAGUGGGUCCCGCAGUAGAAACAGUGGGUCCAGCACCAAUAAUAACAGCCAGAACCAAGGAGGAAGGAGUCCUUCCUCAUUCUUAUUUCCCUUUCCGUCAAACAGGAACAAUAGUAACUCUGCAGAACCUUAUGAGGAAGAAAAUGGAACAAAUUACUCAGGGUGGUGUGCUGACUGGAGUUCAAGAACAAACAGUGGGUCUCGCAGUAGAAACAGUGGGUCCAGCACCAAUAAUAACAGCCAGAACCAAGGAGGAGGGAGUCCUUACUCAUUCUUAUGGCCCUUUUCGUCAUCAAACCAGAACAAUAGUAACUCUGCAGAACCUUACGAGGAAGAAAAUGGAACACAUUACUCAGGGUGGCAUUAUACGGACCAGUAACUGCUGGUUUUCUCCUUCACUGUUUUGUGUUUAAAACCUACUUUUAAAGGACUAUAUUCUAUGUGUUUUUUGUUCUUGUAAGCCUAAGGGUGCUGCUUGGACUGGAAGUUAAUCAUGAAAAUAUCACUGGUCACAACUCACAAGCAUGCAUUUGGAGGCCAUGUAAAUGUUCUUAAACUACCCUUUACGUAUUUUCAAAAUGUUGUGAUCAACAUUGUGCCUUUUUUUGUAUUAUCGUUUCCCUUUACCCGUAAGUGUAAAGAUAUGAAGUAUGAUAAUAUAAUGUUGCCAAAUUAUUAUUCCAUCACAACUUUACUUCAUCAAAAUUCUAGAUGAGAUAUCCCUUCAGC